AUGGCUUCUCGGUGUCGGAAAUGUGGACAACAGGUGCCCAGGAAUCCACCUUUCACUGCUGUCCGGAUAACAGAAGGAGAAAUGAAAUCUUAUCAUGAUUUUAUAGGAGGAUGCAUUAGACUGGAGCGCAUGGCAAAGAAAGAUGAAAUCAUGCAGCAGGAGAUACGGCCGCUGGUUGCAGUGGAUAUAAUAGAGCAACUCCACAGGCAAUUUGCUAUCUUGUCAGGAGGAAGAGGGAAGGAUGGAGCACCCAUUAUAACCUUUCCAGAAUUUGCAGGAUUCAGUGACAUACCUGAUGAAGAUUUUCUGAACGUGGUCACGUAUCUAACCAGCAUUCCCAGUCUGGAGGCUGCCAGCAUCGGAUUCAUCAUCAUCAUAGACAGACGACGGGACAAAUGGAGCGCAGUCAAGGCAUCCCUGACACGGAUAGCUGGAGCAUUUCCAGGAAACCUGCAGCUGGUGUUUGUCCUGCGACCCUCCCGCUUUAUCCAAAGGACAAUCGCUGACAUUGGCAUUAAGCUCUAUCGAGAUGACUUUAAAAUGAAGGUACCGAUCAUCAUGUUAAAUUCUGUCUCUGAUCUGCAUGGCUAUAUUGACAAAAGUCAGCUGACCCGGGAGCUGGGAGGAACCCUGGAGUAUGGCCACAGUCAGUGGAUACAUCACCGAACUGCUAUUGAAAACUUUGCAAUGACAGUAAAAACAACAGCACAGAUGCUACAGACCUUUGGAACAGACCUAGCAGAGACUGAACUUCCCAACGAUGUGCAGUGCACAGAGGAGCUCCUCUCCGCACACACUGACCACCAUAGCAAGCUGAAGGAUGAGCUGAAACUAGCUGUGAAGCAGGGGGCCACCCUACUGACAUGCAUUAGGGAGCCAGUCACCCGAAGCGCCAACAGCAAACUCAGUCCAGAUGAACUGGAAAAUGUGGCAACAGUAGAAAGGUUGUUGGCUCAGUUGGAUGAAACAGAAAAGGCUUUUGAUCAAUUUUGGACCAAGCAUCACCUAAAACUAGAACAAUGCCUGCAGCUUCGACACUUUGAACAUAAUUUUAGAGAGGUAAAACUGGCAUUGGAUAAUCUCAUGGAAGCACAAGCAGGUUUUGCUGAUAUUGGAGACAGCGUGACUCGAGUGGAGCACCUCCUAAGGGAACAGAAACAACUGGAAGAGAAAGGACAGGAACCUUUGGAGAAGGCCCAGUCUCUAGCGCUCCAUGGAGAACAGCUCAUCCAAAACAACCAUUAUGCAGUUGACUCCAUUAGACCAAAGUGUGUUGAACUCAGGCGUAUUUGUGAUGACUUUACCAAUGAGACCAAGAAAAAGUAUGAUCUUUUGGGAAAGUCUCUUGAGCUGCAUAAGCAAUUAGAUAAGGCAAGCCAAUGGUGUGAAGCUGGAAUCUACCUCUUAGCUUCCCAAGCUGUGGACAAGUGCCAGUCACAAGAGGGAGCUGAAACUGCACUCGUUGAAAUUGAGAAGUUCCUGGUAACAGCUAAGGAACACCAGCUCUCUAACCCGAAGGAGUUCUACAAUCAGUUUGACAUGAUCCUCACCCCCGAAAUAAAGGCCAAUGCCCAAAGAAUUCUACAAAAACUAGAAGAUGUACAAGAAAUGUUUGACAAGAGGCAAGUAAGUCUGAAGAAGCUGGCAGCCAAACAGACCCGACCAGUACAACCUGUUGCCCCACAUCCUGAAUCUUCCCCAAAGAGAGCAUCACCAAAGAUUACCAGACCAGCAGGAGUAGCUACCAACAGGAGGUCCACAGAAAUUUCCUGCCCUCCAAAGUCAAUUUCUGAAGUAGAGUUAUCAAAAAAGAAAAACAUUAAGAAGACUAAAGGUGGAAUUAAGAUUGAAGUGAUGCAUGAAGCUAGUCAAGGGGGAUCUAGCAGAGUCCUGGUGAUGAGUGAAAGUGACGAGAACUUGUCAACAAGGAGGAGCCACAUUAUCAAUGAGCUGAUAGAAACAGAACGGGUUUAUGUAGAAGAACUUCAAAGUAUAAUAGAGGGGUAUGCUUCAGAAAUGGACAAUCCCAAUUUAGUACAUCUGAUUCCAUCUGCACUCCAGAACAAGAAGGAAGUUCUUUUUGGGAACCUCCCAGAAAUCUACGAAUUCCACAACAGGAUUUUCCUUAAGGAGAUAGAAAAUUGCAUUGAAAAUCCUGAGCUUCUUGCCCGAUGCUUUUUGAAAAGAAAAGAGGACCUCCAAAUAUAUGAAAAAUACUGUCAGAACAAGCCAAGGUCUGAAGCUCUCUGGAGACAGUGUGGAGACAGCAUCUUUUUUCAGGAAUGUCAGCGUAAAUUGGAUCAUAAGCUCUCGCUAGACGCUUAUCUCUUAAAGCCAGUCCAGAGAAUCACCAAGUACCAGCUGCUGUUAAAGGAAAUGCUGAAGUGCAGCAAGAAUUCAGAGGGUACCGCUGAAUUGGAAGAAGCCCUGGCCACGAUGCUUGAUAUCAUCAAAUCAGUAAAUGACUCCAUGCACCAGAUUGCAAUCACAGGAUAUGAGGGGGAUGUCAGUGAGCUUGGCAAGCUGUUGAUGCAAGGUUCCUUCAAUGUGUGGACUGACCACAAGAAGGGGCACAACAAGGUGAAGGACUUGGCUAGAUUCAAACCGAUGCAGAGACACCUCUUCCUCUACACAAAGAUGCUACUUUUCUGCAAGAAACGGGAGGAGAACACAGAUGGCCAUGAGAAGACAGCUUCAUACAGCUUUAAAAAUUCAUUAAAGAUGAGCACUGUGGGCAUUACAGAAAAUGUAAAAGGGGAUAACAAGAAGUUUGAGAUCUGGUAUAAUGGCAGAGAAGAGGUCUAUAUCAUUCAGGCAUCUUCUGUUGAGCUGAAAAACACCUGGAUUUCAGAGAUUCGCAAAGUCCUGACAGGACAACUGGAAGCAUGUAGAGAAGCAAGUCAACUGCACCAAAGAAUCACCGAGAGUGUAUACCAUGCACCAAUGGAUUCCUCCAAUGCAAGCAGGUAUGGCAGGAAGUCAUCAAGUAUAUAUGAAAACAAAUCUGAGACAUCAAACGUGGAAGCAUCUAACAAUAAAAACAGGAAUUCCAGUCCCAGCUCCAGACAAAAGAGAGUUGAUGCUUCCACCAGCCUUAACCUUGAGCGCACAGCGCUUGCUAGAAAGCGAUUCACAUUGCAAGGUCUUUCCAACCGCAGAGCUCCACCCAAAGAUCCAGAAUCUAAGGAAAGAGAAGUUACCCGUCGCUUUUCCCUAGCCUCCUCCAUCAGCACCACAGUUAAUGCUUCUGCUGUGACCAAAGGUCCCCUUGUUCCUGCAGUUAAAGUCAAGAGACAUGAAAUAAAGAGUGACCCAACUCCCCUGGGGUUUGAAGAUGCUUUUGAGAACACCAUAUUGGCCCAGACUAAAUGUAAUACCAGUUCCACCAUGAGACCUGUACCUAGAUCUGCUUCACAGACAGGUUGGCCCAGCAAGCAAAUGCCAUCUCUAGACACAUUUGAAGAUUUUGAAGCCAUCCCCUCCAGCACAGAUGAACUCUCCAACUCUUCUGACUUGGAGGAAGAGACCAAUCCUAACAAUGGGACCAAUCUUUUUCGGGUAGAAGGCAGUUUUGACAGCUGUUUCCCGGAUUCUCUUACACUUGAGGAUGGAGAUUUAGUGCAGUUUGUGCAGGAAGGAGAAAAUGGUCAAUGGUUAGUGAAGAAACUGGUCUCUGAGAAAAGCGACUGGGUUCCUUCCAGUAUAUUGCAGCCAGCAGAGGGGGACAGUAACAGCAUAAUUAAGAACAGCAAUGCAGACACGUACAAUGAUUCCUGCAGCACGGCCUCAGUAGAGUCAGACACUAAGGAGAGCGAGGUGACCAAAAGCUUCCCAGCAGAACAGAGGGCUGGCAGCUGA